AUGCAUUUCUCAACCCUUCUCACGUCGGUUGCUCUAGCUGCCAGCUUCGUCGCUGCUCACCCAGGCCAUGACAUCAGUCAGGAGAUCAGGGAGCGUGAGAUUGCCCUGCGUUCCCUCCCACCGAACCUUGCCCAUUGCGCUGAGAAGAUGAGGAAGAGAGGCAUCACGGCUGAUGCUGGAAAGAGACGCGCUUUGCUUGCCAAGUAUGCCCGUGAGGAAAGGGGCCUCGACGUCGAUGCGCCGCACAUCCAGGGUCGCGACUACACAACCGUGUUGAACACUGACCACAAGUCCACCAAGGGCUAUACCCCUCAGACCUCGGAGUCAACCAUCUUUGCCAACACCGGCAGUUGCAUUCUCAGCCCUGAAGUUACCGAAGGGCCAUACUAUGUUGCUGGCGAGUUCGUCCGGUCUGAUAUCCGUGAUGGCGAGGCGGGCAUUGAAUUCAUUCUCGACACGCAAGUCCUCGACGUUUCCACCUGUGAGCCGGUGACCAAUGCCCUUGUGGAGAUAUGGCACGCCAACUCCACCGGCGUCUACAGCGGCGUCAAUGUCGGAGGCAACGGUGUCGGCACCGCUGAUAGCAACAACAUCUUCCGCCCCACCAACCGCGGCCUCCAGCACACCGAUGCGAAAGGCGUCGCGCAGUUCACCACCAACUUUCCCGGAUGGUACACCGGUCGCACUCCUCACAUUCACGUUCUGGUGCACAGCAACGCUCAGGUGACAUCCAACGGACACUACACUGGCGGAACCUCCAACCACGUCGGCCAGCUCUUCUUCGACCAGAAGCUCAUCGCGGAGUCCGCCACUGUGGCGCCGUAUAGCGCUAACAAGCAGUCGCUGACUACUAACGCGGCCGAUGGCAUCUUCAAGCAGGAGGCGGCGCAGGGAGACCCAGUUGUCUUCUACAGCUACCUCGGUACUAGUAUCUCGCAGGGUGUUUUCGGAUGGGUUGCCUUUGGUGUUGAUACGACCAAGGUGACCACGCCGAGACCGGCGGCAAGCUUGGCUGCUACGGUGGUGGUUACCAACGCCGGACAGCAGGCUACUGGUGUUCUGUAG